GCCUUGCUCUCUCAUCCCCGCAUCUUUUGAUUUUGAAUUUUGAUUUUUUUUUCUUUUCGGCUCCGGAGGGAGCGUGCAGCGGUAGGCGCGCGCGCGUGUGGGCAAAGCCGCCGGUGUCGCGGAGCGCCGUGUGGGAAACUGCGGGAAGAUGUUGACUUAGCCCCCCGGCAGCCGCCCGGGCCGCUGGGCUGCUUGGCUGGACUCGGCGGCUGAAGGCGGUGGAGAGUCGAGCCGGAGGACACGCCGAAGAGCCGCGCGGCGCCGUGUCCGGCCCGCCAGCCGCCUCCUCCCCGCGCGCGCUCAGCCAGCAGGAGCACCCCGCGCCGGUCGCCUCGGCCCUUCUCUCGCUCCCGAGUCCCCGCGCUGCUCCCCGCGCCAGAUUGGCCCUCCCCCGGGGCGCGCUCGCACACCGAGAUAUGAGGAUCAAUGAUGCAGACUGCUGGGUUCGAUGAAGCUGGGCAUUUAUAACUGAUUCAUUAAGGAAUACAAAGAAAAUAUUUAAAGGGAUCAAUAAUGGUGUCUUCUGGCUGCAGAAUGCGAAGUCUGUGGUUUAUCAUUAUAAUCAGUUUCUCACCGAAUACAGAAGGUUUCAGCAGAGCAGCCUUACCAUUCGGGUUAGUUAGACGAGAGCUAUCCUGUGAGGGUUAUUCUAUAGACCUGCGGUGUCCAGGCAGUGAUGUCAUCAUGAUUGAGAGUGCGAACUACGGUCGGACAGACGACAAGAUCUGCGACGCAGACCCCUUUCAGAUGGAGAACACAGACUGCUACCUCCCCGAUGCCUUCAAAAUCAUGACUCAAAGGUGCAACAACCGAACACAAUGUGUAGUAGUUACUGGGUCAGAUGUAUUUCCUGAUCCGUGUCCCGGAACUUACAAAUACCUUGAAGUUCAAUAUGAAUGUGUCCCUUACAUCUUUGUGUGUCCUGGAACCUUGAAAGCAAUUGUGGACUCACCAUGUAUAUAUGAAGCUGAGCAAAAGGCCGGUGCUUGGUGCAAGGACCCCCUUCAGGCGGCAGACAAAAUUUAUUUUAUGCCCUGGACUCCCUACCGCACCGAUACUUUAAUAGAAUAUGCUUCUUUAGAAGAUUUUCAAAACAGCCGCCAGACAACAACAUACAAACUUCCGAACCGAGUAGAUGGUACUGGAUUUGUGGUGUAUGACGGAGCUGUCUUCUUUAACAAGGAAAGAACGAGAAACAUUGUUAAGUUUGACUUGAGGACUAGAAUUAAGAGUGGCGAGGCCAUAAUCAACUAUGCCAACUACCAUGACACUUCACCCUACAGAUGGGGAGGGAAGACAGAUAUUGACCUCGCCGUGGAUGAAAACGGCUUGUGGGUCAUUUAUGCCACGGAGCAGAACAAUGGGAUGAUCGUGAUUAGCCAACUCAACCCUUACACUCUUCGAUUCGAAGCUACCUGGGAGACCGCAUAUGACAAGCGUGCCGCGUCCAAUGCUUUCAUGAUAUGUGGGGUUCUCUAUGUAGUUAGGUCAGUGUACCAAGACAAUGAAAGCGAAGCCGGCAAGAACACCAUUGAUUACAUUUACAACACUCGAUUAAGCCGGGGAGAGUAUGUGGAUGUUCCUUUCCCCAACCAGUACCAGUAUAUUGCUGCAGUGGAUUACAAUCCAAGAGAUAACCAACUCUACGUAUGGAACAAUAACUUCAUUUUACGGUAUUCUCUAGAGUUUGGUCCGCCUGACCCUGCCCAAGUGCCUACCACAGCUGUGACAAUAACUUCUUCAGCUGAGCUGUUCAAAACCACAGUGUCAACCACAACCAGUACUUCACAGAGAGGCCCCGUGAGCACCACAGUAGCUGGUCCUCAGGAAGGAAGCCGAGGGACUAAGCCACCGCCAGCGGUCUCUACAACCAAAAUUCCUCCUGUAACAAAUAUUUUUCCCCUGCCAGAGAGAUUCUGCGAAGCGUUAGAAUGGAAGGGGAUAAAGUGGCCUCAGACACAAAGGGGGAUGAUGGUUGAGCGGCCCUGCCCCAAGGGAACACGAGGAACGGCCUCGUACCUCUGCAUGGCUUCCACAGGAACAUGGAACCCCAAGGGCCCCGAUCUUAGCAACUGCACGUCUCACUGGGUGAAUCAACUGGCCCAGAAGAUCAGAAGUGGAGAGAACGCCGCAAGCCUGGCGAACGAGCUGGCUAAGCACACCAAGGGUCCUGUGUUCGCCGGGGACGUGAGCUCCUCUGUGCGCCUCAUGGAGCAGCUGGUGGACAUCCUGGACGCCCAGCUGCAGGAGCUCAAACCCAGCGAGAAGGAUUCGGCUGGGAGGAGCUAUAACAAGCUCCAAAAACGAGAGAAGACAUGCAGGGCUUACCUUAAGGCGAUUGUGGACACAGUAGACAACCUCCUGAGAGCUGAGGCUUUGGAAUCCUGGAAACACAUGAAUUCUUCAGAGCAGGCGCACACAGCUACAAUGUUGUUGGAUACCUUGGAAGAAGGAGCGUUUGUCCUAGCAGACAACCUUUUGGAACCAACCAGGGUCUCUAUGCCAACAGAUAAUAUUGUUCUAGAAGUUGCUGUCCUCAGCACGGAAGGGCAGGUCCAAGACUUUAAAUUCCCUCUUGGCUUCAGGGGCUUGAGCAGCUCUGUCCAGCUCUCAGCGAACACUGUGAAGCAGAACAGCAGGAAUGGGCUGGCCAAGCUGGUCUUCAUCAUUUACCGGAGCCUGGGACAAUUCCUGAGCACGGAAAAUGCAACGAUCAAGCUGGGUGCGGACCUCAUGGGUCGGAACAGCACCAUUGCAGUGAACUCGCCCGUCAUCUCCGUCUCCAUCAAUAAGGAGUCCAGCCGCGUGUACCUGACAGAUCCAGUGCUCUUCACCCUGCCGCACAUUGAUCCUGACAAUUAUUUCAACGCAAACUGCUCCUUCUGGAACUACUCAGAGAGAACCAUGAUGGGAUAUUGGUCUACCCAGGGCUGCAAGCUGGUUGACACUAAUAAAACUCGCACGACGUGCGCGUGCAGCCACCUAACCAAUUUUGCUAUUCUCAUGGCCCACAGGGAAAUUGCGUAUAAAGAUGGUGUCCACCAACUGUUGCUGACGGUCAUCACCUGGGUGGGCAUCGUUGUCUCCCUCGUGUGCCUCGCUAUCUGCAUCUUCACCUUCUGCUUCUUCCGCGGUCUACAAAGUGACCGCAACACGAUCCACAAGAACCUGUGCAUCAACCUCUUUGUUGCUGAAUUUAUUUUUCUGAUUGGCAUCGAUAAGACAAAAUACACGAUCGCAUGCUCCGUGUUCGCAGGGCUUCUGCACUUUUUCUUCCUGGCUGCCUUUUCCUGGAUGUGCCUAGAAGGGGUGCAGCUCUACUUAAUGUUGGUUGAAGUUUUCGAGAGUGAAUACUCAAGGAAGAAGUAUUACUACGUCGCUGGGUACCUGUUCCCUGCCACGGUGGUUGGUGUUUCAGCUGCUAUUGACUACAAGAGUUAUGGGACCCUACAGGCUUGCUGGCUUCACGUUGAUAACUAUUUCAUAUGGAGUUUCAUUGGACCUGUUACCUUCAUUAUUCUGCUAAAUGUUAUUUUCCUGGUGAUCACGCUGUGCAAAAUGGUGAAACAUUCAAACACUUUGAAACCAGAUUCUAGCAGGUUGGAAAACAUUAAGUCCUGGGUGCUCGGCGCAUUCGCCCUGCUGUGUCUCCUGGGUCUCACCUGGUCCUUUGGGUUGCUUUUUGUUAACGAGGAGACCGUUGUCAUGGCCUAUCUCUUCACCGCCUUCAAUGCUUUCCAGGGACUGUUCAUUUUCAUCUUCCACUGUGCCCUUCAAAAGAAAGUACGAAAAGAGUACGGCAAGUGCUUCAGACACUGGUACUGCUGUGGCGGCCUCCCGACUGAGAGCCCGCACAGCUCUGUGAAGGCGUCCACCACCCGCACCAGUGCCCGGUACUCCUCUGGCACACAGAGCCGUAUAAGAAGGAUGUGGAAUGACACCGUGAGGAAGCAGUCUGAAUCGUCUUUUAUCUCAGGACAUUCACUGAACAACGCCCGAGACACAAGUGCCAUGGAUACGCUACCGCUAAAUGGUAACUUCAACAACAGCUACUCACUGCGCAAGGCCGACUACCACGACGGCGUGCAGGUCGUGGACUGUGGACUAAGUCUGAACGACACCGCGUUCGAGAAAAUGAUCAUUUCAGAAUUAGUGCACAACAACCUCCGGGGCGGCAACAAAACCCACAACCUGGAGCUCAAGCUCCCGGUCAAACCCGUGAUUGGCGGCAGCAGCAGCGAAGAUGACGCGAUUGUGGCUGACGCCUCAUCUUUGAUGCAUGGUGACAACCCGGGGCUCGAGUUCCGCCACAAAGAGCUGGAGGCUCCGCUCAUCCCUCAGCGGACUCACUCGCUUCUCUACCAGCCCCAGAAGAAAGUGAAGCCGGAGGCAACCGACAGCUACGUCUCCCAGCUGACGGCCGAGGCUGACGAUCACCUCCAGUCCCCCAACAGAGACUCUCUGUACACGAGCAUGCCCAACCUAAGAGACUCUCCCUACCCGGAGAGCAGCCCGGACAUGGCGGAGGACCUGUCUCCCUCCAGGAGAAGUGAGAACGAAGACAUUUACUAUAAAAGUAUGCCCAAUCUUGGAGCUGGCCGCCAACUACAGAUGUGCUACCAGAUCAGCAGAGGCAAUAGUGACGGUUACAUCAUCCCCAUUAACAAAGAAGGGUGCAUCCCCGAGGGGGAUGUCAGGGAAGGACAGAUGCAGCUGGUAACGAGUCUUUAAUAGUACAGCGAAGGGAUUCCUAGGGCCACAUGCAAGUAUUAAUUGAUAAAGACGCUGCCAGCCGGCCCUGCAGCUCCCUCCCAACCCCGCCGGAAGAAUCGGCUCUGUCGGCCCAUGGUUCUCCACUGUAGGAAAACAAAACAGACUGAACCUCGACGUUCUGUGAAUUUUUAUAAAACAUGCAAAAACUUUGUAUAUAUACAGAGUAUACUAAAUUGAAUUAUUUGUUACAAAGAAAAAAAAAGAAAUGCCAACCAGGUAUUUUACGUUUCUGCUGCUGUGUAGAGAGAUUGUAAAACAAACAAGAGACCCUCCCUCCCGGCCACGUUACUUACCUGCGGCAGUUGGUGAACUGAGUCUGUAAAUAGGGCCCUACUGUUUUGUUUUUUGUUUUGUUUUGUUUUGUAGGCCUGCAUUGUAUUAUAUACAAGACGUAGGCUUUAAGAUCCUGUGGGACAAAUUGACUGUAUCUUACUUUUCCUGACAAGACUUGGAAAAGCAGGAGAGAGAUUCUGCACCCGUUUGCACUUCCCUGCAAACCUUUUACAUUAAGGCAGCAGUUGAAACCAUGUAAAACCAGUAGCAAUCAAGCCACAGGCCUUAUUUCAUGUUUCCUCAACUGUACAAUGAACUAUUCUCAUGAAAAAAAAAUGGCUAAAGAAAUUAUAUUUUGUUCUAUUGCUAGGGUAAAAUAAAUACAUUUGUGUCCAACUAAAAUAUCAUUAAAGUAAUUUUAAAAAGAGUUUGGAGAAAGCAUUGUGUGGAGCUCUUGGUCCCACACAAUAGGCAAUGUUUCUUCCUCUUCCGCCCGUCAUGGCGACCUCUGCCCAUCUGUUGAUUUCCCACUGUGGACGGUGUCUGCUGUGACGACUUAGUCCUCUUUCUUACAUUUAAAUUUCUUAUUGCCAAAAGAGUGUGUUUUAUGGGGAGAAAACUCUUUGAAGUCCUGCCAUGCCUUGCACAAACGUGGGGAAAUCUAGAGGUCUUGAGUCAACCCUCUGUUUAUUCUGGAACGGAGGGCGAAGGGGGCACUGGGCACCUCUCACAAACUUUCUAGUGAACAAAAGGUGCCUAUUCUUUUUUUAAAAAAAAAAAAAAUAAAUAAAAAUAAAAUAAAACAGAAAUAUUACUCUUCCAUAUUCCUUCUGCCUAUAUUUAGUAAUUAAUUUAUUUUAUGGUAAAGUUCUAAUGACAUGUAAAUUGUUUCAGCAAAGCUCUGCUCUUCUUCCAAGCCCUUUGUGUAAAGAUGUUAAUGAGGAGCCUAUCACUAAUAUCCAGUGUAAAGUUUAACACGGUUUGACAGUAAAUAAAUGUGAAUUUUUUUCAAGUA